AUGAAAUUUCCUGCUCCUAUCAAGUGUGAUAAAAAAAUUGAAACCGUCAGAUUCUUAACGUUCAAUGUAAAUGGCAUAAGAACUCUAUUCCAUUAUCAUCCUUUUUCUGAGAUGAAUCACUCUCUAGCAACCGUUUUUGACCAUUUAGAAUCUGAUAUAAUAACCUUUCAAGAGCUUAAGAUUGAUAGAGCAUCAAUCUCUAAAUGGGGUAAAACACCAGGUUUUAGCUCAUUUAUCUCAAUUCCAUUGACAAAAAGAGGAUAUUCUGGAGUUGGGUGCUGGGUAAGAAACUACCCAGAAGAGCAUCCACUUCAUCAACCAAUGCAAGUGUUGAAGGCGGAAGAGGGAAUUACAGGAAUAUUGACCAUAAAAGUUGGGAAAAAUAAUGUCAAAUAUCGAGAUGAUCCCAGUAUUGGUAUUGGUGGCUACGAAGCUUUGGGUAUCAGUGAGAACGAUGAAAAAGAGUGCAUUAAGCUAGACUCUGAGGGGCGUUGCGUUAUGGUCGAAUUGGCAUGCAAUGUUGUUGUUAUAUCUGUCUAUUGUCCAGCAAAUUCUACACUUUCUUAUGAGGGAGAAUCAUUCAGAUUGAAGUUUUUGACAGUUUUGUUCAAGAGAAUACGUAAUAUAGAUAAAAUGGGAAAGAAAAUAGUACUUAUGGGAGACAUAAAUGUUUGCAGAGACUUAUGCGACAAUGCGGAUUCCUUAGAAAAUGCAUCGAUACCGUUAAACAGUUCAAUGAAUGGUAUUGAGUUGGAACAGAAAUAUCGAGAGCUCUGUGAGGCCUUUGUGCUCAAUCCGGAGACCCCUCACCGUCGUUUAUUUAAUCAACUGCUGCAUGAUUCAAUGAUUUCAGAAAUUGCUAGUGAUGGUAUACUUAUAGAUACCACAAGGUUAAUACAGACAAGAAAAAGACUGAAAAUGUACACUGUUUGGAAUACGCUGAAAAACACAAGAUCUGUGAACUAUGGUUCGAGAAUUGAUUUCAUUUUGAUCGGAUUAGUCUUGAAAGAUAAAAUAGAGGCAGCUGAUAUUCUGCCUCAGGUGAUGGGUUCAGACCAUUGCCCUGUUUUCGCUGAUUUGAAGCUUCAAUCAUCUGGUCAAAACGAAAAAAAGCUAGUUAUUAAACUGCCGAAGUUUGAGGCACGUUAUAAAUACGGGCUGAUACAUGGUAACAUUCUAGAAAUGUUUGGCAAGAAUGGUAAAUCUCUUUCCACAAAGGUAGCUACAAAGAAAAGCAGUUUGUCAAACAAGACUCCCGGAGUACAUAAACAAUUGGAUCUGAUAAACAGUCCCACCGCUAGACCCAAAGACGGCGAUAAAUCCACAACUGAAAUUAAAGAUAAUCUUCUCAUUACUCAUAAACAAAAAAUUUUUGGAGAAACUCCAUUGUGCAAGCAUGGUCUCAAGGCAAUCUCAAGAACAUCAAAGACUGCUGCGAAUCCUGGGAAGAGAUUUUGGGUGUGUAAACUGCCGAAGGGUAGCUCUGAAGAUAUAUCUGCUUCCUGUGGAUUUUUUCAGUGGGGUUGA